GCUUCCGCUGCCGGGGCGGCGCCGCGGGGUCAGCGCCAUGGCGGCGGCGGGAGCGCGGCGGCGGCUGGCCGCUUUGCUUUCGCCUGUGGUUCGGCACCAGAGUUCCCAGAGCACGUCCCCACAGCAAGGGCUUGUUGCCAAAACCUCUCUGACUUCUCCCCCGUGGCCUGAAGUGAAACUUCCAGAUCCAGUAGAAGAAGCAAAAUAUCAUGCAGAAGUGGUGCAGAAGGUGAACCAGCUGAUCGCAGCGGGGCACUACGGGAGGCUCUUUGCUGUGGUGCACUUUGCCAGCAAGCAGUGGAAAAUAACCAGUGAAGACCUGAUUAUGAUGGACAAUGCACUGGAGGCUGAGUGUGGAGACCGGAUCCGGAUGGAAAAGGUUUUGCUGGUUGGUGCUGACGACUUCACGCUCAUUGGGAGGCCGCUCCUGGGGAAAGACCUGGUGCGUGUGGAAGCCACUGUGAUAGAGAAGACAGAGUCAUGGCCCAAGAUCAACGUGCGCUUUUGGAGGAGGCACAACUACGAGAGGAAGAAAAACAGGGCUGAGGAGGAGGAGAACCAUGGCUGUUUGUUUUGAUGGAAUGGGUGCUAAGACCUUGCCCAGCCUGAUGCAGCCCCAGUCAUUGUGAAACCUCAGACUGUCCUGCGGAUAAACAGCAUCGAGAUCUUCCCCUGUUUGUCCUGACCCAGUGAGGGGAUGCUGAGGGGGUAAUGAUGGAAAUAAAGCUGCCUGCUCACUGGAAAGCUCUGGGCUUCUUGCUGUUGGAGGAAGAGGAAAUCUAGAUGUAUUUUCUAAUGAAACAAACCAAAAUGAACUAUUUUCUUAACCCA